AUUUCCCAACUACAAUAUAGAAACUAUCUAAGCCAAGUUUCAACUGCCGCGUGCCGCUCGUUAUUUUUGCACUAGUGUUCAAUAGUAACUACAAUACUACAAAUAAUAUGACAUCGUGUUACCAUCAAACUAUGGACCGAAGAAUUAUGUUUGUACCGAUUUUGCCAAUGGAAAUCACUAAUAACCUUACUUUUCAAGCUUUCAAAAUUUUUUCCAUUUGAAAAGAUGUUGAGUAGUUUUAGGCAGUUUAAAAAACCGAACUACAUUUAUUUUAGCACUAAGGCUAUAUCAAAAAAUAAGUUUUAUAGUGACACAAUUUUUUUACCCAAAUCAAAUUUUCCAUUGAGGUUAGAUAAUAAAAAGUUACUGGAAAGAGACGAAAAUAUUUAUACUGUAGCUGAAUUUGACAAUCUCUAUUCUUGGCAACGAAGUCAUUUAUCAGAACCUGAAUUUGUUCUUCACGAUGGUCCACCUUAUGCGAAUGGCCAACCACAUAUGGGACACGCAAUCAAUAAGAUUCUGAAAGAUGCCAUUUUAAGAUGUCAUAUACUCAAAGGAAACAAGGUGCAUUAUGUACCUGGUUGGGAUUGCCAUGGUCUACCUAUUGAACUUAAAGCGACUACUAGCUCAAUAAACUGCAAUCCCAUUGAAGUUCGAUCGAAAGCUAAAACUUUUGCUGAAAAAACAAUAGAAGUUCAGAAGAAAACUUUCCAAUCCUGGGGUGUAUUAGGAGACUGGAAAAAUUCAUACAAAACCUAUACAGUUGAUUAUGUGAAAACACAGCUUCGUCAGUUUUACAAACUGUAUAAAAAAGAGUUAGUUUAUAGGGAUGUUAAACCUGUCCAUUGGUCACCUUCCUCAAGAACUGCUCUCGCAGAAGCAGAGUUAGAAUACAAUGACAACCACAAAAGUCCCAGUGCCUACAUUCGAUUUGAACUGAAACAAGUGCCAAAGUUGGACUUUUUGAAAGAUAAAAAAUAUCUGUAGCUGAAUAUU